UAUUCAGAUUAAAAUAAAUAUAUAUUUUAAUAUAUUUUAAAUUAACUAUAUAAAAUAAAUAAAUACUUAAAUUUUGAAAUUUACAUUGAACAAGUAAUGAGAAUUUAAUAUAUUAAUUCCAAAAUUUUCAUUGAAUUUUUAAAAAUGAUUAUAAAUCACUAAAACUAUUAAUAGUCUCAUAUUGAAAAUUUUAUUAUUAAUGAAUUAUUAUCUUUUAAACUUAAUUCUAUGUCAUAUAAAAUAAAUAAAAAUGACUUUUUGGAUUAUUUAUCAUAAAGUGAUUAAAAAGAAAUAACAAUAAUUGUUUGAUUUAAAUGCAGGUUCCAAUUAAUUAUAUACGUAGAUGAUUCAAUAUAUAUUUAUUAUUUCAUGAUAUGUAAAAAUGCAAAUAUAUAAUAAUAGGUAAAAAAAAAUUAUAUAUAUAAUACUGAUCUUAACGUAGUAAAAGUUUUAAUCAUAGGUUUUAGAUAUUCUAGAGUGUGCAACUUUAAAAUAACUUCUUCGUUCACUAAAAACAGAAUCAGUAUGGAUUUGCUUCUUUUGGCAUUUCUAUUUGAGUUUUGUUUUUCCAAAACCUGGCUAGAGGCAAGUCCGAGGUGGGAGACAUGAACUAGUGAAUGAUGUUUUAAAAAUCAUUUAUGUGAUUCUACGAGUCUGAAUAUAGAUAUAAUGAAUAUUUUUGAAGUUUUAAAAAUAAAAAUAACGCAUAGAAACGAUUUAAUAAACAAAUUUGAUAAGAAUCAAAUCUUCGUGUAUGUGUUAAUUAAUAGGCCAAUAGUAUCUUUCUGUAUCUCAAAUGCUGAUAUAAAACGACCAGGAAGAAGUUAACCACAACACUACACAAGAACAGGUGCCUGAAAAAGGCUGUGAUGAGCUAUCGUUUUCUUAAGGUUCAAGUAGUUUAGAGCACCAUUAACCUAGCAUCCCUAAUGGAAUGCUUAUUUUUUUAUUUUAUUUUUUGUCUGAUUUUAAAAAUAAAAUAAAAACAAACCAAUCGCGGGUCACCACGUGUCAGUGAAGACCGUGAAAACACGGUUCUUAAUUAGACUACGCAGGCAUCGGUGUUUAGUUUUUAUGUGGGACUCAUUCUUUAUUAUAAUAAUUUUUUUUAAGCUCCUCCACCUAAGCGUCUGCAUUGCUGCUGCUCUUAGAAAAGAAGGAAGAGGAUAAGGAAGAAGAAGAAAAUGACGAGUUGGGCAAGCAUAAGAUCAAUUUUCAUGCACGCGGAUGGUGUGGAUUGGAUGUUGAUGGGAUUAUUCGGAGCCGUAGCUGAUGGCUUCAUCACUCCUAUUUAUUUACUUAUCAUCGGCUUACUACUAAAUGACUUAGGUGGUUCUUCCAGUGAUAGAACCUUCAUGAAAGCUAUCUCCAAGAAUGCUUUAGUUUUGCUUUAUGUGGCUGCUGCAUCUUGGGUGAUAUGUUUCCUUGAAGGAUAUUGCUGGACAAGAACAGGGGAGAGACAAGCAGCAAGAAUGAGAGAGAGAUAUUUGAAAGCAGUCUUAAGACAAGAUGUGGCUUACUUUGAUCUUCAUGUCACCAGCACUUCUGAUGUUAUCACCAGUGUUUCUAGUGACAGCCUCAUCGUCCAAGACUUCCUCAGUGAAAAGCUACCCAACUUUUUGAUGAAUGUAUCUGCGUUUUUCGCAAGCUACAUUGUGGGUUUCAUCAUGCUGUGGAGACUCACAAUUGUAGGCUUCCCUUUCAUCGUUAUCCUCUUGAUCCCUGGACUCAUGUACGGACGAACCCUCAUUGGCAUAUCGAGGAAGAUACGCGAAGAGUACAACGAAGCUGGUUCUAUUGCCGAGCAAGCCAUCUCUUUGGUGCGAACCGUCUACGCAUUUGGCAGUGAGACUAAGUUGAUAGCUAGAUUCUCAGUUGCGCUUCAAAGCUCGGUGAAACUAGGGCUGAGACAAGGGAUAGUUAAAGGAAUCUCCCUUGGGAGCAAUGGUAUCAUCUACGCCAUUUGGGGCUUCAUGACUUGGUAUGGAAGUCGGAUGGUUAUGGACCACGGCGCUAAAGGCGGUACCGUCUUUGCAGUCAUCUCAUGCGUUACCUUUGGCGGCACAUCACUUGGUCAAGGUUUGUUGAAUCUCAAAUAUUUUUCAGACGCGGUUGUAGCAGGGGAAAGGGUCACCAAAGUGGUGAAAAGAGUUCCCGAUAUUGAUUCAAACAACAUGGAAGGUCAAAUUCUAGAGAAUAUUAAAGGAGAAGUUCAAUUUAAACAUGUAAAAUUCAUGUACCCGUCGAGACCUGAAACCCUAAUCCUUGGCGAUUUAUGUUUGAGAAUUCCAUCAGGAAAAACUGUUGCUCUAGUUGGCGGAAGCGGGUCGGGAAAAUCAACUGUGAUAUCGCUUUUGCAGAGGUUCUAUGACCCGGUCGCAGGAGAGGUUCUCAUUGAUGGUGUGCCCAUUAAUAGGCUGAUGGUAAAGUGGUUAAGGUCGCAAAUGGGUCUAGUUAGCCAAGAGCCAGUGCUCUUCGCCACAUCGAUAAAGGAAAACAUAUUGUUUGGAAAAGAAGAUGCGUCCAUGGAUGAAGUAGUGGAAGCUGCAAAGGCCUCAAAUGCUCAUACUUUCAUCUCUCAGUUCCCUCAUGAUUACAAUACUCAGGUUGGAUCAAGACAUUUGCAAAUGUCAGGUGGUCAGAAGCAGAGGAUUGCAAUAGCACGUACCAUGAUUAAAUCACCAAAAAUUCUCCUUUUAGAUGAGGCAACAAGUGCAUUGGACUCGGAAUCAGAAAGAGUAGUCCAAGAAGCCUUGGACAAGGCCUCUCUUGGUCGUACAACUAUUGUUAUUGCCCACCGCCUCUCUACUAUUCGUAAUGCUGAUGUUAUUUGUGUAGUCCAUAAUGGUCGCAUUGUAGAAACAGGAUCACACGAAGAGCUCAUGGAGAAUUUGGAUGGUCACUAUACUUCUCUGGUUCGCUUACAACAGAUGGAGAAUGAAGAAUCAGAUGUUAACAUCAGUGUAAGGGUGCAAGGGGGUCAAUUAUCAAUUUUGAGCAAAGAUUUGAAGUAUAGUCCAAAACUCUCUAUUGAUAGCGGGUCUAACUUGUUAACGAAAUCAAGCACUGAUUCGAAUACUCCUGGUUUGAUACCUAAGGAUAAGAAGCUGCAUGUGCCAUCAUUUAAGAGAUUGAUGGGAAUGAAUAGACCAGAGUGGAAACAUGCAAUAUCUGGUUGCUUAAGUGCAGCUUUAUAUGGGACCGUACAACCAAUAAACGCAUAUGUUUCAGGAUCGAUGGUGUCACUGUAUUUCUUAACGAAUCAUGAGGAGAUCAGGGAGAAAACAAGGAUCUAUGUGUUGGGUUUUGUUGGUCUAGCACUGUUUGUUUUCUUGACUAAUAUCGUUCAACAUUAUAGUUUUGCUUACAUGGGUGAAAGCCUAACAAAACGUAUACGAGAAAAGAUGCUCUCAAAGAUAUUGACCUUUGAAGUCAAUUGGUUCGAUGAAAACGAGAACUCGAGUGGUGCAGUUUGCUCAAGACUUGCCAAAGAAGCUAACUUGGUGAGAUCUCUGAUUGGUGAACGGCUAUCAUUGUUGGUACAAACCAUAUCAGGAGUGACCCUAGCUUGCACACUUGGUUUGGUAAUCGCUUGGCGAUUAGCCAUUGUGAUGAUUGUGACGCAGCCAGUGGUUGUUGCAUGCUUCUACACUCAAUCCAUUCUGCUCAAAAGCAUGUCCAAAAGAGCAAUUAAAGCUCAAGAUGAGAGUAGCAAACUUGCAGCGGAAGCUGUCUCCAAUAUCCGCACCAUCAUAGCUUUUUCGUCACAAGAGAGGAUCUUGAAGUUACUCAAAAGGGUCCAAGACGGUCCACGGAAAGAAAGUGUUCGCCAAUCGUGGUUAGCAGGGAUUGUAUUGGGGACUUCACGAAGCCUUUUAACGUGCACUGGGGUUCUGAAUUACUGGUAUGGUGGAAGACUAAUAGCAGAUGGAAAAAUCGCGGCAAAAGCAUUCUUUGAGAUGUUUAUGAUCUUUGUGAGUACGGGCAGGGCUAUUGCAGACGCUGGGACCAUGACUACCGAUUUAGCCAAGGGCUCGGAUGCAGUUGGGUCUGUGUUUGCUGUGUUAGAUCGAUGUACAACCAUUGAGCCGGAGGACCCAAAUGGAUAUCUUCCGGAAAAGAUAAAGGGACUAAUCAGCUUUGUUAAUGUGGACUUUGCUUACCCCACCCGACCAAAUGCGGUUAUAUUCAAGGACUUUUCCAUUGAGAUAGAGGAAGGAAAGUCGACAGCUAUUGUAGGUCCAAGUGGGUCAGGUAAGUCGACAAUAAUUAGUUUGAUCGAGCGGUUCUACGACCCGCUAAAGGGUUCGGUGAGAAUCGAUGGCCGUGAUCUGAAGUCGUAUAAUUUGAGGUCGCUUCGUCGACACAUAGCUUUGGUUAGCCAAGAGCCAGCUUUAUUCGCCGGGACUGUCCGAGAGAACAUAAUGUACGGAGCAGCAUCUGAAAACAUCGACGAAUCUGAGAUAAUCGAGGUGGCAAAGGCAGCAAACGCUCACGAAUUCAUCACAUCACUAUCGAACGGCUACGAUACCAUCUGCGGAGCCAGAGGACUGCAACUAUCGGGUGGGCAAAAACAGAGGAUUGCGAUAGCUCGUGCGGUUCUGAAGAACCCGUCCGUGCUGCUCCUGGAUGAAGCCACGAGCGCUUUGGACAGCCAGUCUGAGCGCCUGGUCCAGGACGCGCUCGAGCGAGUGAUGGUCGGAAGGACGAGCGUAGUGAUCGCGCAUAGGCUUAGCACGAUCCAGAACUGCAACGUGAUCGCAGUUUGGGACAAAGGGAAAGUAGUUGAAUGUGGAGACCACUCGUCCUUAUUGGCAAAGGGUCCCACGGGAGCUUACUUCUCAUUGGUCAAUCUCCAAAGAAAUCUCUGCUGACUGGCAACAUGCCGUUUUCCGUUUUCUCUUAAACAGAAAGAAGAUAAGUAAAGAAAGAAGAUGAAGAGCAGGGAAACCAUAAAGAUGUUUUUUCUUGCAAGUCUUGCAUUCACUUAUGAAGUUUUGUUGCUGUUAAUGUAAAGAAAACCAUGGUAUCAAAGAUUUCAAGAGAAUUAAACAGAAAACGUAAUAAGUGUUGAAGACACUAGAGGACUAGUGUUUGCUUCAUCAUUACGCAUUUAGUAAAAUUUCUAUAGUAAGUGGUUACUUAUAUCCUCAGAUGUGAAAGUAGACGUCUUACCAUUUUGGAACCGGAGUAAAUCCAUCUUCCUUCAAGCAACACAUAGAUAGGUAAGAUUCUCUUUAACUAAGACGCCACCAUAUCCUGUCAAAAAUAAAAUAAAAACAAUAUUGUAAACAUGAAAGAUUUCAGAAAAAAAGUGAGAUAAUAUUGUGUUAAAAAAAAAAAAGUAAGAUUAAUAUA